CAACUUUACUUGGACUUUACUGAUUUGAAUCGUCGGUGGACGUUGUAUUUUCUCCAACCAUUUAUAAAAUCAACAUAUUUACGAUGGUCCAUAUUAUAGUAACUGUUAAGCUAAUCAUACGGUGAAUAUGUUCACUCAUAACUGAACGUUUUUUGUUGUUGCUGCGAAUUAAAGCCGAUUAGACACUGAUUUGUAUCCUUUGGGAUCCAGUUACGUCACUGAAAUAGACAGUGUCCAUGAUAUAACAGUUGGCACAAAGAGGGGAUCCGACGAACUCUUUUCCUCCUGCAUAUCUAACGGACCUUAUAUAAUGAGCUCGGGAGCAGCAAAUGGUAAUGACAGUAAAAAGUUCAAAGGGGACAUCAGGAGCCCAGGCAUCCCAUCACGAGUCAUUCAUGUUCGCAAGCUUCCCAAUGACAUAAAUGAAGCAGAAGUCAUUUCUUUGGGGCUUCCCUUUGGCAAGGUGACCAACCUUCUGAUGCUUAAAGGAAAGAACCAGGCAUUCCUGGAGAUGAACAAUGAGGAGUCAGCACAGACCAUGAUCAGCUACUACUCCUCUGUCACCCCAGUCAUUCGGAACCACCCAAUUUUUAUGCAGUAUUCCAAUCACAAGGAGCUGAAGACUGACAAUUCACCCAACCAAGUUAGAGCGCAGGCAGCACUGCAGGCGGUGAAUGCGGUCCAGACAGGAAGCUUGUCUUUGAGCAGUGUUGAUGGAGCAGGCAUGGGGAGCCAGAGCCCUGUGCUAAGAGUCAUUGUUGAAAACCUCUUCUAUCCGGUUACUCUUGAUGUCCUUCAUCAGAUCUUUUCUAAGUUUGGCACAGUUUUGAAGAUCAUAACCUUUACCAAAAACAACCAGUUUCAAGCACUGGUCCAGUAUGCAGAUGGAAUGACUGCUCAGCAUGCUAAGCUGUCUUUAGAUGGACAGAACAUCUACAAUGCGUGCUGUACCCUUCGCAUCAGCUUCUCUAAGCUCACCAGCUUGAAUGUUAAGUACAACAACGAUAAGAGCAGAGACUACACUCGCCCUGACCUACCUACAGGAGACAGCCAGCCCUCCCUCGAGCAACAGACAAUGGCUGCAGCUGCGUUAUCUGCUCCUGGUAUAAUAUCUGCAUCACCAUAUGCUGGGGCACAUGGUUUCCCACCUACAUUUACCUUUCAACAGGCAGCAGGUCUGUCUUUGCCUGGUAUGCCUGCCGGGGCUUUUGCAUCACUCGGGGUCCCUGGUGCUGCGGCAGCCGCUGCUGCCGCUGCUGCUGCUGGACGGCUGAGCCUCUCUGGUCUCACUGCUGGAGGGCACAGUGUCCUGCUAGUCAGCAACCUGAACCCUGAGAGCGUUACGCCCCAAUGCCUCUUUAUUCUUUUCGGUGUUUAUGGUGAUGUCAUGAGAGUGAAAAUUCUGUUCAACAAGAAGGAAAAUGCUUUGGUGCAGAUGUCUGAUGGAACCCAAGCCCAGCUAGCUAUGAGUCACUUGAGUGGGCAGAAACUAUAUGGUAAGGGUUUGCGGGUGACUCUUUCCAAACAUACCAUGGUGCAGCUGCCACGUGAAGGCCAUGAGGAUCAGGGGCUCACCAAGGACUACAGCAACUCUCCUCUUCACCGCUUCAAAAAGCCAGGCUCCAAGAACUACUCCAACAUCUUCCCUCCUUCCUCAACCCUCCACCUCUCCAACAUCCCACCUUCUGUCACUGAGGAUGAUAUCAGAGGCCUGUUUCUAAGCUCAGGAGCUGUGGUUAAGGCCUUCAAGUUUUUCCAGAAAGACCGUAAAAUGGCUCUCAUACAGUUGGGCUCUGUGGAGGAAGCAAUCGAGUCACUGAUCAAAUUUCACAAUCACGACCUGGGAGAGAACCAUCACCUCAGAGUGUCCUUCUCCAAGUCCACGAUCUGAUAGAGUGGUGGGUCCAGAAGCCGUUAAGUUUUAUUGAAGGAGAGAGAGGACUGUCACUUUAGACCAAACUUUAAGCCUUCCACAAGUUAUCACUGUGGAUAUGUUUUCCACAACACACACUUCAUCAUUCCUUUUAUUAUAUCCAUAUUCUUGUAUGUAAUUAUUAUUUUUUUUUUUUUGUAUUUCCACUUUAAACCAGUAGAACAGAGGGAUGCUUUAACCCAAUGUGUUUGGGUUUUAAUAGUACCUUUCUCUAACGGUUUGUCACGGACCUGAUUUUAGUGGCACAAACUGAUUUUGGAUCAUAGAUGCUGCAUAGUUUACACUUGUGCCUCUGCGGAAACCCGCACUCUUUCAGGUUGCAUACACAAAGCCUUCAUUUGUUGAACCUAUCAUUAACCUCCCCCCACAACCUUCUGCCUUUCAAAAAAAUUGCGCCUUACAUAGCUCUUAAUAUAUCAAUGGCCUUAGUGAUAUCUUGGUGGUGUUUGCUCCAAUACAGGAGCCAGUAACCUCAAUUUUAAAAAUGUUCCCAGAUAGUUUGUCUAAUGACUAACAGGAGCCCAGUAUAAUGCACAAAUGUAAAGGGCAGCAUUUAGCAGUUCAGUUCGUUACCGGCUUUGUUUUUUUACUGGACCAUCACAGCUUGUUUGGCUUUUGCAGAUAGCUAAACUAUACAUGAUGUCCUACUCAUACCGUAUGUUAAAAAUGUAUAUAACUAUUCUUCCAUUCCAU